GAAGUCUUUUUGUGUAAUACGUUCGUGACAGUUAUAUAGACAGACAUAUGUCUGAAAAUAUACAUUUUUUUACAAACUGAAAACGAGAAACACCCAAGUGCUGCAGAGAAACAGUACCUGCAAAUAUGAAGCUGAAUAUCGACGGGUUAUUAGUUUACUUUCCGUAUGACUACAUCUAUCCCGAACAAUACUCGUACAUGCUUGAGCUGAAGAGGACGCUGGAUGCAAAGGGUCAUGGAGUUCUGGAGAUGCCCUCAGGAACAGGAAAAACCAUUUCUCUUCUUUCCCUCAUCGUUGCUUACCAGAAGACUUACCCAUUAGAAGUCACUAAGCUUGUGUACUGCUCUCGCACAGUGCCUGAGAUAGAGAAGGUUGUGGAGGAGCUAAGGAAACUGAUGGAUUAUUACUCAAAGCAAACAGGAGUAAAAAAUGACUUCCUCGCACUGGCACUUUCCUCAAGGAAAAACCUGUGCAUUCAUCCUGAGGUGAGCUCUCUGCGUUUUGGAAAAGAAGUAGAUGGAAAAUGUCACAGUCUGACAGCAUCGUAUAUUCGAGCGCAGCAUCACAGUAACCCAAAUCAGCCUGUCUGCCAGUUUUAUGAGGAAUUUGAUAAUGUAGGAAGACAGGUGCCCAUUCCCCCUGGUAUAUAUAAUUUGGAUGAUCUGAAGGACUUUGGGCGUAGAAAAGGCUGGUGUCCUUACUUCCUGGCACGUUAUGCACUUCUUCACGCAAACAUAGUAGUGUACAGCUACCAUUACUUACUAGAUCCGAAAAUCGCAGACCUGGUCUCAAAAGAGCUUGCAAAGAAAUCAGUUGUCGUGUUCGAUGAGGCUCACAACAUUGAUAAUGUGUGUAUUGAUUCCAUGAGCGUCAACAUUACCAGGAGGACACUAGAUCGCUGCCAGACCAAUGUGGAAACCCUGCAAAACACCAUUAGCAGAAUUAAAGAAACAGAUGCUGCCAAACUUCGAGAAGAAUACAGAAGAUUAGUCGAGGGUCUUAAAGAAGCUAAUGUUGCCAGAGAAACUGACAUUUAUCUGUCCAAUCCAGUUCUGCCUGAUGAAAUCCUCCAAGAGGCUGUUCCUGGCAGCAUCCGCACUGCAGAACACUUUGUAGGCUUUAUGAAGCGCUUCCUCGAGUAUCUGAAGGCCCGUUUGCGGAUCCAUCAUGUGGUGCAGGAAAGUGCUCCUCAGUUCCUCAAAGACAUCUAUGAGAAGGUCUGCAUUGACCGCAAACCCCUGAGAUUUUGUGCAGAAAGAUUACGGUCACUGCUGCGGACUCUGGAGAUUGCGGACAUCGCAGACUUCUCACCCAUUACUCUGAUAUCACACUUUGCCACUCUUGUCAGCACGUACAGCAAAGGCUUCACCAUCAUCAUAGAGCCCUUUGAGGACAAAACGCCGACAAUAGCAAAUCCUGUUCUUCACUUCAGUUGUAUGGAUCCUUCUAUCGCCAUAAAGCCAGUGUUUGGCCGUUUUCAGACAGUUAUUAUCACAUCAGGGACACUCUCUCCGCUGGACAUCUACCCACGCAUCCUCGAUUUCCGCCCCGUCACCAUGGCAUCCUUCACCAUGACACUGGCACGAACCUGCUUGUGCCCGCUUAUUGUUGGUCGAGGGAAUGAUCAGGUGGCGAUGACCUCCAAAUUUGAGACCAGAGAAGACUUUGCUGUGAUCCGUAAUUACGGAAACCUGCUGCUGGAAAUGUCCGCUAUCGUCCCCGAUGGGAUUGUGGCCUUCUUCACCAGUUACAUUUACAUGGAGAACAUUGUGGCCUCAUGGUAUGAACAGGGGAUCCUUGAAAACAUCCAAAGGAAUAAGCUCAUUUUCAUAGAAACCCAGGACGCAGCAGAGACCAGCAUGGCUCUGGAAAAGUAUCAGGAGGCCUGUGAGAACGGCAGAGGAGCAAUUCUGCUCUCGGUGGCACGAGGGAAGGUGUCAGAGGGGAUUGAUUUUGUUCAUCAUUUUGGCCGUGCUGUUAUCAUGUUCGGAGUGCCGUAUGUGUACACUCAGAGCCGAAUCCUCAAGGCACGACUGGAGUACCUCAGAGACCAGUUUCAGAUCCGGGAGAAUGACUUUCUGACGUUUGAUGCCAUGCGCCACGCAGCUCAGUGUGUAGGCAGAGCCAUCCGAGGAAAAACUGACUACGGCCUGAUGAUCUUUGCGGAUAAGCGCUACGCACGAGCGGAUAAGCGAGGAAAGCUGCCCCGCUGGAUCCAGGAACACCUUACGGACGGAAGCCUAAAUCUGACCAUCGAUGAGACGGUGCAGUUAUCCAAACACUUCCUGCGACAGAUGGCACAGCCUUUCAGACGGGAGGAUCAGUUGGGUCUGUCUCUGCUGACUCUGGAACAGCUGCAGUCUGAGGACAUGCUGCAGAAAAUUGCCCAGAUCGCUCAGCAAGCCUGAACUCUCCUCUAAAACUAACAAAUAAACUCUGGGAGAUGUGUAAAUGUAUAUAUAGUUUUAUACAGUGUUUUCUACAACAGUACCUGAAGCAUGAAUAAAUGCUGUUCUUUA